GUGUCAGGCAGUCCGGUGCAGCAUCGCAGGAGCACCGUUAUUCCAGGCAGCGCUCUGAGUGCAGGAGGCUGAAUCGGUGGAAACUCUCUCUCUCUCUCUAUCUCGCGCACACACACAAUAACAACAACAACAACAAAACAACAACAUCUAAAAACAUGUCUGUGGCCAACGACUUCGGGAACCCUUUAAGGAAAUUCAAGCUCGUGUUUCUUGGAGAGCAAAGCGUUGGAAAGACGUCUCUGAUCACACGGUUCAUGUAUGACAGCUUCGACAACACAUAUCAGGCGACGAUUGGAAUCGACUUCCUGUCAAAAACCAUGUAUCUGGAGGACAGAACGGUGCGGUUGCAGUUGUGGGACACAGCAGGACAAGAGCGCUUCAGGAGCCUCAUUCCCAGCUACAUACGAGAUUCCACUGUGGCUGUGGUGGUUUACGAUAUCACAAAUGUGAAUUCAUUCCAGCAAACCUCCAAAUGGAUUGAUGAUGUCAGAACAGAGCGAGGAAGUGAUGUCAUCAUCAUGCUUGUGGGCAAUAAAACAGACCUGGCUGAUAAGAGGCAGAUCACGAUCGAGGAGGGCGAGCAGCGGGCGAAGGAGCUCAGCGUGAUGUUUAUCGAGACCAGUGCUAAGACAGGAUACAACGUCAAGCAGCUGUUCCGACGUGUGGCUGCUGCCCUUCCUGGGAUGGAGAGCAUGCAGGAGACAAGCAAAGAGGGCAUGAUCGACAUCAAGCUGGACAAACCGCAAGAGCCGACCACCACCGAAGGGGGAUGCUCCUGUUAAUAGCCCCCAGCUGAUCGAGCCACUUCAUUUACACCACAUGCUUGUUGUGUUGCUUUCUGUUGAUUAAGUUCCAGUUGAGUUUUUCGAGUCUUUCGAGAUUGGAUAUUUGGCAUUCAUGUUAGACCACAAGGUCACUGGUUGAAAACAGUGUUGAGUCAAUUUUCACUUGUGAAAUAGUAUACUUUAUUAACAAAAUUGCCAAAAUGUCUUAAAAAUUUGAAAGGGACAGAAAAAAAAAACAACAACAAAAAGUCCAA